AAUAUCAAAAAUGUCUGAAGUUUUCAAUAGUUAUGAAGUAGAAUUUGAAAAAUACUAGCAAUAAGUUUGUUCAUUAAUUCGAUAAAUAUAAAUCAAUAAAUCAGAUGAAGCUUUAACUGAGAUAGAGUCAGUUUUUAGUGAUUUGCAGAAUUGUGUAAAAUAGCUAUUUGAUAUGUAUAGUUACAAUAAAUGGAUAUAGAGUCAGCCAGUAUUGCAGUCUCAGAUAGAUAAGAGUUAAAAAAUAAAGUGAAAAGAUAUAAAUCAGAGACUGAAGCAUUAAAGAAAUAAUUUAGAAUAUUACAAGAUGAGGUCUCAUCCCAAAAAACUAAGGAUUCCUUAUUUGGCGAAUAAGAUAAUCAACAGGUGCAAUUUAUAAAUACCCAAGACAAAUUGGUCAAGCAAACAUUAUAACUGGAAGAUGCAAAGAAGGUGUGCUUUGAAAUAGAAUCAAUUUCCAAUAAUAUCCAAGUCUAAUUGAAAGGAUAAUCUGAUAUCUUAGAUAGGAAUAUCAAUAAAAUGCCAGAAAUAUAAUACGACUUAGGAGAAUCCAAUAGUCGAUUAUCAAGAAUCUAAUCAAAGAUGAGAUAACAUAAAGUAAUAUUCUUAGUUGUUUUUGCUAUUUUUUUGACUAGUAUUUCAAUUGUGUUAGUUUAUAAAUAUGCUUGA